AUGGGAAUGUACGGAGAGCGAAUAGGAGCUUUUUCUGUGGUGUGCCAGGAUUCCGAAGAGGCAGCCCGUGUUGCUUCACAACUGAAGAUUCUCAUUCGCCCACUUUAUUCGAAUCCACCCAUUCAUGGUGCUCGUAUUGUCAUGAAAAUCCUCAACGAUCCAGCUCUCUAUAAACAAUGGUUGGUAGAUGUGAAGGGCAUGGCCGAUCGUAUCAUUUCGAUGCGAAAGCAGUUGCGAGAUCUACUUGCUAAGGAAGGAUCUAAGCGUAAUUGGCAGCACAUAACUGACCAGAUUGGAAUGUUCUGCUUCACUGGAAUAAACCCUCAACAGGUGAAGUUUUCUUUUCAAAUCGAAGUAACCUGA